CCAGAAACUUGCAAUUGUAAUUAUGCACCACAUAUUUGUUUGAACUAGUCUCAAAUUAUUUUGUUUUGAUUUGCACAAGAAAAAGAAGUUGUGAUUAGUUCUGGUGUCUCGCCUUUUGCUCCACUUUCAACUUCUGUUCCUGCAGGUACUUGUUGUUAAUUGAUGACGUAUGGUCUGCAAGUAUGCUGGAAAAUAUUAUAAAAGAACUUCCUGAUGAUAAAACCAGCAGAAUAAUAGUUACGACGCGGUUCCAUUCUGUGGCUACACCCAAAAGAGACACAGAACUUCGUCGAGUCACUGGUCUUGCUGAAGAAAAAUCCAAGAAAUUAUUUGAGCAGGCCUUCUCUGAGUCCAAAGGAAACAAAGAUGUUGCUAUUAUAUGGCCUCAAGAUUUUUCUGCACCACCCAACACAGAAGAAGUCAUCGCCCAGGAUGUGCCCAGGGAAACUAGGGGCCGAAUCCAGCCACAUUGGCGACUCAAUAUUUUGACACACAAAGUGCGCACAAGAAUACUGCUGAGAAGAGUACGCCGUCCAACGAAGAAAAAACAUGUCCAUUCAUGUAAGCAAGGCACCCCUGAAACUGAAAGCCAAGGUAGUGAAGAUGCCACUGUCCCCAAUGAAGUCUGGAAGAUGUGUGGGGGGCUGCCAUUGGCCAUAGUUACCAUGGCUGGUCAUGUGGCCUGCAACCCGGACAAAUCAUUGAAGGAUUGGUCCGACGUUUGCAGCUCUCUAUUCCCGGAGUUAGGACAAGAUCAUAUCAAAAAACUUACGCAGGAGGAAGUGGGUAGGAUCAUUAGCUAUUGCUAUGACGACAUGCCUGCGGAAAUCAAGACUUGCUCGAUGUAUUUGAGCAUAUUUCCGAAGGGUGACAGAAUCAGCCGGAAGCGUUUGACAAGGCGAUGGAUAGCCGAGGGCUUUGUCCGCGAGAAGCAUGGGCUGAGUAUGGAAGAAGUUGCAGAGACGUAUUUCAAUCAUCUCAUAAGAAGGAAGAUCAUCCGGCCAGUGGAGCACAGCAGCAAUGGAAAGGUAAAGAAAUGCACAGUUCAUGACAUGGUUCUCGAGCACAUUGUAGCAAAGGCAAGCGAAGAGAAUUUCAUCACCGUAGUUGGUGGUAACUGGCUAAUGCAGCCAUCUAGCAGCAAGGUCCGUCGGCUGUCCCUCCAAGCCUGUGAUUCCAACCGUGCAAAGGAUACAGAAAAGAUGAACAUGUCACAUGUUCGAUCAGUAACCAUGUUUGGAAGUUUGAACAACCAGUUGCAUGCCCAUUUGUUCAAGCUUGAAAUUGUGCAGAUCAUGGAUCUUGAAGGAUGCAAGGGUUUUAAACAGCACCAUAUCAUAGAGAUUUGCAGAAUGGUUCUGCUCAAGUAACUCAGCCUGCGGGGGACUGACACUAAAUGCCUUCCAAGUAAGAUAAAAAAGCUUAAGAACCUUGAGACUCUCGACAUAAGAGAGACAGAUAUUGUCGAGUUGCCAGCCACCAUAUGCCAGCUUGAAUGGCUGGUUAACAUACUUGGUGGCAAUAAAACAACACGGAAGGCACUGAAGCUUCCAGAAGAGUUGAACAGUAGAAAGAAAAUGAAGGCUUUGCGCAUACUGUCGGGGAUUGAGAUUGAUGAGGCAUCAGUGGAUCUUCAUCAUUUGACUGAGCUGAGGAAGCUUGCAAUCUACAAGCUGAAUACCAAGGGGAGCACUGCAAAUUUCAAAGAUUUAAUCUCCUCUAUUGAGUACCUCGGUGGCUAUUCUCUACAGACCCUUGUAAUUGAUGACGAGUCAUCGGAGUUUAUCAAAUCACUAGAUGACCUGUCAUCCCCUCCGAAAUUUCUUAUUGCCCUUGAGUUAUCAGGCAAGAUGGCUAAGCUCCCCAAUUGCUUGCAACACCUCCAUACUCUCAGCAAGUUAACCCUUUCUGUUACAGCUCUCCGGACUGAUAACUUAAAGGAUCUCAGCAACCUAGAGGCAUUGUUUUCUCUCACCUUUUCUUUUAGGGAAAAAGGGCAGGAUCGAGAAACACUGGCCAUUGUCGCAGAAAAUAAGAUGUACUCCAAGGGGAAGGUCACAGUUCCAGCAGAUGGCUUUAAGAGUCUUAAGCUUAUGCGCCUCUUUGUCUCUGGUCUUGUCUUGCCAUUAUUGAGCUUCUCCAAUAAGGCUAUGCCAGACCUGGAAAGGCUUGAGCUACGUUACAACAUGCUGGAGGGCCUUUAUGGGGUAGAAAACCUUGCAAAACUCAAGGAGGUGCAUUUUACAUCAGACGCCAAAGCUAAUGAAGGUACCAUGACUAAGGAUAUAGUAGCAGAGAUAAAUAAUGCACUGAGUAUUAAUGGGAAAACAUCCAAGAUAAUCGUUCACAACUGACUGAUUGAGAUGAAACCAACAUGUGUUGCUUUCUGUGUGUGUCUAAGUUUGGCAUCAUUGCAUUUUUACUUGUACUCGCUUUUUUUCCUGCUGCUUUAGGAUGGCGCAUCACCUUCGUGCAUCCUAUGAGCGUGCCUAAUGGCUUAUCCAUUGUGUUUGUGUGUGUGAAAUAAAUUUGAUAACUAUUGGAGAAUGUGGGUGUAUUAUAUUGUAUUUACCUCUGGACAUCUAUCAGAAGUUAUGUAAGUGACUA